GCUUAAAAAAUGUUUCACGACACCCCCCCUAUUUUAUCAUUGUUCCCCCUCCCAUAAAUAAUGAACGGUCCCUAAAUUGUGGUGAAUUGCUGACAGAUACAGGUUAGCGAUAAGAUUUGUUACCAGUGGCAAACAUAUAACUCGUUCCUUGUURUAGCUUUUCAGUAUGAGACGGUUUAUUGUGUUCUUUCGUUGUCUUGUGUUGAGAGUUUGUUUGUCUCUUAUGACGUCGAAAUCAUUGUGUAGCGUGACAAGGGUCUUAAUGAUGACGUACUUGCUACAAAAGACAUUGUUACGGCUGUGAGGCGAUCAGAUACUAAAAGAMACGAACUAAAGUACUUUCACACAAAAUGCUUUCACAAAGACUCAGAGGUCUAACAAGAGCUUCAAAGUUUAUAUUUUACGCUAGAACCUGUAGUUCAGYGCCAAUUCAAGUUGCAGAAACURGAUUGGACACCAUUAACCCGAAUGGGCUCAUUGCCAAAACUGUGGAGCAACAUGGCGAGGGAAAUGUUGUUGUUCAUUGGAAAGACAACUCUGUUAGUCGCUUUCCUUACAUCUAUCUGAGAGAUUUGUGUACAUGCAGCAAAUGUAUCAAUCAAGACUCCUUAGAAAGGCUGUCAGAUACUGUGAAAGACAUCCCUUUAGAUAUUCGUGCAACGAGUAUUGAGGUCUCGUGUGAUGGCGGAAAGUUGCAACUCAAAUGGCCAGAUAACCAUGUUAGUGAGUUUGAAUCUGAGUGGCUUCAUGGGAAAAGACUCCUAGAGAAGCAAGAAAGAGAUAGGAAUCUUACAAGCUCGACGCUUGCCAGACAUGGAGUAAAGUUUUGGAGUGGAAGUGACAUGCAAGACAACAUAGCAAGGUUCGAUUUCAAUGACGUUAUGAAAGACGAUUCGAGCUUGUUUGAGUGGCUGGAGAAGCUAUACAGCGUAGGGAUUGCAUUAAUAGAAGGUGUCCCUGCAAAUGUGGAGCCAACAAGCGUCGAACUUCUUGCUAAACGGACUGGCUAUAUUAAAUCCACACAUUAUGGCAACAUUUUUGAUGUCCAUGCCAAAUUUGGUGCAAAUAAUCUUGCCUACACUACAGCUGCCCUCCCUCUUCAUUGUGAYAUACCACAAUCACAGYACUAUCCAGGGAUUCAAUUUCUUCACUGCUUAGAGCAAGCACCAACGAAGGGAGGAGCCAAUAUGUUUGUCGAUGGUUUUAACAUUUCUCAAGAAUUCAAGAAUAAAGAACCUGAAUUGUUUGAGUUACUCUCUGUUACCUCAAUUCCAUACUGGGACAUUGGUAAAGAUGAAUUUGGUGACUUUCAUCUCAAGUGCUCUCGGCCAGUAUUUGAACUUGAUCACAACAAGAAAAUAACACGUUUUACGUACAAUAACCAUGUAAGAGACUACCACUUGGAAGGCACCCCAGAAACAGUGCAACAGAUCUACAGAGGAUACAUAAAGCUGGGAAGUAUGAUGAGAGAUCCACAAAACAAAAUUGAUUAUAAGCUUGAAGCUGGACAAAUGAUAACAUUCAACAACAGUAGAGUACUUCAUGGUCGGACGGCAUACACACCUACCAAGUCAGGCAAUCGUCAUUUGCAGGGCACCUAUCUUGAUUGGGAUUUAGCUUAUGCCAGACUGCGUUCUCUCGGUCGAAUGCUUGGUCGUCCAUUUGUUGGAUGACUUUUUUAACCACGUUCAAAGAAUUUUAGAUUUGAUAAGUUUCUAAUACAGUUGUUUUAGAAUGUCCUUGCUGUCAAUCUAAUGUAUCCUAUAUUUUAUAAUUGCCAUUAUGUGCCAUCUUGAAAGAAAACCAUGCCUUUGCACGAAGGUGAAACUAAUGAGUUUGCAACAAUAGAUAUGUGAUUAAUUGUUUGUAGGUGUGAAAUAGCAAGCUUAUUAUUUCUCAGCUCAAUGCAAAGGUACAGCUUAACUUGCAAGAUGGUUCUGGCAACUUUAAAAAAAAUAUUCACAUAUAUUUUGAUGAUGUAAAGAUGAUGAAAAAGUUCUGAAAUGUUAAUUAUAUUAUUCUUUAGAUUUAAUGUAGAUCACAUCCAGAAAAUAUCUCUAUAUUCCUUCUGUGAAGGGGGUGGGGGUGGGGUAAUAGAUUUAGAUUAAUSAUGUGAUGAAAAUACAACGUUUCAACGUUUAGAUUAAUCAUCAUGUCAAUGUUAUAGAAAGUGAAAAUGGUGGCCAAAUAUAUAAAAAUCAGCCAAAAGUUUGCAAGUAUAAGAAACGAUUUACACUUAUUUGUAGCAUAUUGAAACUUUAUGAUUAGUGCCAUAUAUAUAGUCAAUAUAUUAUUUAACCUUGCUUGUUAGAACUUAUGCUAAAUUGGCCAAACAUGAAAUUUUAUAAUAAAGUUGGCUUCACUUAUA